AUGGCUUGUUUGGAGAACGACAAACAAUAUUACAUGCCCGUAGCUGUAGAAGGUGCUUGUGAUGUGGCUGGUGGCGCGGGCUCCGUGAACGCUCUCCCCGGAGGUACAGGCUCCCGCGCGGCGCCCUCCUUCGACGCGGCCACCCCCCGGAACGUGACCGCACUCGUCGGCAAGUCUGCCUACCUCAGCUGCAGAGUCAGAAACCUCGGCAACAGAACGGUUUCAAUAAAAUCGAACGUUUCGAACACUUUGCAAUACAAAUGCAUGGAAAAUGGUAUCGUAAAGAGCGGCUUCAAUGCUGUGUAUGGACGACCUAGAUUUGAAGCAAAAAUUGGCAGCGGGCUAUUAGAUUUGGAGGAAAUUUGGCAAGUGUGA